CUUUCACAAGACACUUUUGUCUUCUCUUUUAGAAAAUCAGAACAGAGCCACUGCAUGUUCUUCUUCUCAAUCUCACUUUCUUCUUAAACCCAUAAAAUUUGUUUCCAUCGAAAUAUUUAUUACCAAUUAUUUAUAUUUCUUAGAUUUUGAUUUCGUUUCCUUUUCUUCAUCUUUGGUUCUUAAGAUGAAGCUGAAUAACCAGAAAGAUCCAGCAGAGAAGCUAAUGUGGGAACGGACUUUAUCCGGAUCCGGUUCACCGACCCGACCCGUAUCCAAACUUAUGGUAACGCUCCUCCUCCUCGUCUCCGCCACUUACGUUGUCUACACACUAAAGCUUAUCUCAAACUCACGUGCUUGUCAAGUGGAGCCAUUCUCCGCCGUUGUUCGUCGUCUCAACGACAUUGUCAACUCAUCUCAACCGUUGAUUCUCUUCCACACAAAUCAAACGGCUGUAAUCAAAUCAUACGCCUCUCCACCACCUUCACCACCACCACCACCUCCGCCACCGCAAACCGGUUUCCAACACGUGGUUUUCGGUAUCGCCGCGUCGGCAAGACUAUGGAAACAGAGAAAAGAGUACAUCAAGAUUUGGUACAAACCAAACCAAAUGCGUAGUUAUGUCUGGUUAGAAAAACCAGUUACUGAAGAAGACGAAGAAGACGAAAUUAGCCUCCCGCCGGUGAAAAUCUCCGGCGAUACAUCGAAGUUUCCGUAUAAAAACAAACAAGGACACAGAUCGGCGAUUAGAAUUUCAAGAAUCGUUACGGAGACACUUAAAUUAGGACUCAAAGAUGUGAGAUGGUUCGUUAUGGGAGACGAUGAUACAGUCUUUGUCGCCGAGAAUCUAAUCAGAGUUUUGAGAAAAUACGAUCAUAAUCAAAUGUAUUACAUCGGCAGUUUAUCGGAGAGUCAUCUUCAGAACAUUUAUUUCUCUUAUGGAAUGGCUUAUGGCGGUGGAGGAUUUGCUAUAAGUUAUCCAUUAGCGGUGGCUUUGAGCAAAAUGCAAGAUCGGUGUAUUAAAAGGUAUCCGGCGUUGUACGGUUCCGAUGAUCGGAUGCAAGCUUGCAUGGCUGAACUCGGUGUUCCACUCACUAAAGAACUCGGUUUUCACCAGUACGAUGUGUAUGGCAAUCUCUUUGGAUUACUAGCGGCUCACCCGGUGGCUCCACUGGUUACGCUUCAUCACCUCGACGUGGUCGAACCGAUUUUCCCAAACAUGACACGUGUUGAUGCCUUGAAGCAUCUACAAGUCCCGGCAAAGCUAGACUCUGCUGGACUUAUGCAACAGUCGAUAUGCUAUGACAAACGCCGCAAAUGGACUGUUUCCGUCUCUUGGGGAUUCGCGGUUCAGAUUUUCCGCGGAAUCUUUUCGGCUCGAGAGAUUGAAAUGCCGUCGAGAACUUUCUUAAAUUGGUAUCGACGGGCGGAUUACACGGCAUACGCUUUCAACACCCGACCCGUGAGUCGUCAUCCGUGCCAGAAACCGUUUGUGUUCUAUAUGACAUCAACCAGAGUUCAUCGGGUGACAAAUAUGACAGUGAGCCGUUAUGAAAUCCACCGCGUGGCUCAUCCCGAGUGUCGGUGGAAGAUGGCUAAUCCCAGCGACAUUAAGACAGUCAUUGUUUACAAGAAACCGGACCCUCAUCUUUGGGACAGGUCUCCUAGAAGAAAUUGUUGUAGGGUGAAAUCAAAGAAGAACAAUACUUUGGAGAUUAGUGUUGCAGUUUGCAAAGAAGGUGAAGUGGUUGAAGUCGUGUAAUAAUAUUCAUGGUAAAUUUUGUUCUGAUUCAAUUAUACAGCAGAUUAGUCAAAUUACCACCUAUUUAAAUGAUGGAAAAUUUAUUAAAUAAAUAAACAAUUACCAUAAUGUGAUUUUGUUGUCAAGUUUAAUGUUUAGUACUCUAGCUCGGGCUCCCAAAUUACUAAAUCCAGAAAACAAAAAUCCAUCAAAGGGAUACAGUGACGUCUAAGCCCAUUUCAUUGUUUGAGGCUCCUUUAUGGCCGUAUGAGGCCCAUUUGUGUCCCUGUCUACUCCUAGUUUUGAUUAUUGUAAUUUCUGACCAUCAAAUCAUGAUCCUGUUUCUAUAUAUUAU